AUGUCUACUGAGCAGAACAUCCUAAGUGCCAUCGGUAUCGCAUCUGAUCCAGGGCAGGGCCGGAAUCUUCAGAACGAAGCGGUCGAGUUCCUCAAUACGGUGCGAGCAGGUGCUACUGAAACAUGGCCCAUCGCUCUCAAACUCUUUGUCGGCGACGACUCAGCCUCGCGUGCUAAGCAAAACGUUCAUGUGCGCUUGUUCGCUCUUCAAGUUUUAGACGAACUAUUGGAUAAUCGGCAGGAGGAGCUUGCCAGCGCAGGGACGGCACAGGAGACUUAUGCAACACUUCAAUCAACUCUUGGAGCUUACAUCACAGAGGAAUAUGUGAAUGGCUCCGCGGAGGCACAUGCACCAUUUAUCAGGAACAAAUUCUCUCACACCCUAGCUCUUCUCUUCCUCUGCACUUACCCUGACCAGUGGCCGACAUUCUUCACGUCCAUCUCCCCACUUCUUCACGCAUCUCCUGGAUCCUCCUCACCUGCCCUCAACCCGCACGUAACCACCUUUUUCCUUCGUCUUUUGCUCGAAAUAUCUGGAGAAAUCCAUGAUCAGACGAUUAAAUCCGCGCGCACAUUUGUUGCUACCCGUCAUGCAAGGGAUACCAAUAUUCGGGACGCCAUUCGGGCCAAGGAUGCUGUGGGGGUCAACGCCGAGGUAAUCCGGGUUCUAGAGGAGGUGAUUUCCAUGCUCGAGGCUAUACGUGCUGGCGGGGCUCCCGUAUCGGAACCCCUUGGAAAAUCCCAGCUGGUUGAGCUGGUUGAACUUGCGAUUCGAGCUUUUGCGAGCUAUGUCCCCUGGAUUGAUAUAAAUCUUACUGUCACUCCCACGACUAUUAACAUAUUGUUUAAACUGCUCUCAGAUCCUACCGUUUCCAUCCGCAUGGCGACUUCGGGUGCGCUCUUGCGUAUUAUACAAAAGGGAUUAAAGGAGCCUACAGAUAAGCUCCAGCUGUUCCGUGUUUUGUCACUUGGCCAAGUUCUAGAGAUGUUGGAGCAAAACACCCGAAUCACGGCAUCACGAGAUGAGACGGAUGACGAAGAGGUUUCGUAUCGCGAGUCGCUGGGGAAACUAACAAGUGGGCUGGGCUUAGAGCUGAUCAAAUUGUGUGACGAGCAAUCAGCUCCCCCUCCUCAUGUGCUUGCAGGAGCGGAUGAGCUUCUCCAACAAUUGCUACCUAUAAUGCUUAGAUUUCUUGCUGACGAAUACGACGAUAUCUCAUCUUCUGUGUUCCCUAUGCUAAGCCAAAUUUUUGUCGUCUACAAACGUGCCAAGAAAAACUCGCCUCAAACCCACCUCACUUCAUCUAAGCGUACUUUCCUAACGCAAACUCUCGAAAUUCUUCUGCAGAAAAUGCGUUGGAACCCAGAGGAUGACCCAGAUGAACUCGACGAUGAGGAUCGUGCGGCAUUCGAAACUCUUCGGAGUGAUUUGAGAUUAUUCCUCGAUUCGAUAUCAGCAAUCGACGAGGAGCUGGUGACUUCCGCAAUCAAAGCGCUUGCCAUGAAUACUUUGUCGAUAGUGGAUGAGACGAUUGGAUGGGCAGAUGCCGAACUAUCUGUUUACCUUGUCUACUUGUAUGGAGAAUUCCAGAAAGGGGAUAGAUCGAAAGGAAGAGCGGCAUUUGUAACCCCUCCUGAGGAAAUCGCGAAGGAUAGGCGCAAGUCAGCGGAUUGGGAGGCCUAUCCUCUUACCCCCCACGGAGAAAUGCUUGACGCGCUUAUGCGGUCUCAAAUUUCGGCCUAUCCGAACAACACUGUUGCGAUCCAGUAUUUCGAAACUAUUGGACGCUACGGUGAUUUUUUCAAAGUCCGGAAGCAGUAUGUUGGGGGUGUAUUAACCACCUUAAUCGAUGCUCGUGGGAUCCAUCACCCUAAAGAGUCUGUCCGCCGUCGCGUGUUCUAUAUAUUCCACAAAUUCAUCAAAGAAUGCAAGCUCGAAAUUCCUUCUGAACAUGUAACCACAAUCAUCGAUAAUAUGCGUGACGUGCUCGUAGUGCGCGCUGAGCUCCCCGAGCCCGAAUCGUCAGAACAGGACUUAUUGAGCGAAGCAUUGGGUAGCGCUGGACUUUUCGAUAGCCAGCUAUAUCUGUUCGAGAGCGUUGGUACUUUGGUGUCGUUGUUGGCAAAAGAGCCUGAGAAACAGGCUGCAGUACUUGAGUCCAUCACGAACCCACUUCUGGCGAGUUUGCAACAGAGCAUACAGACGCCCAUCAAUGGCCCACAGGAUAUUCUCCCAAUCCUGCAGGCCCAUCACGUCAUUCGGGCUCUCGGCUCGGUUGCCAAAGGCUUUCCUGAAGCGUCUCAGACAGUUCAAGAAUCUGUUCCUGCAUGGAUUCUAGUUCUCAAGCAAGUAGCAGAAGCUGUUCUGGUCUCCUUGGAGAGUAUGAAUCAACACCGUGCAAUUCGUGAUGCGUCCCGAUUUGCGUUUGCUCGAAUCAUCGCGUCCACUGGCUCAAAUAUCACGCAAUACAUUCCUGUGCUUAUGAAUCGCCUGAUUAGGCAGUCUCAACCUGUGGAGCUUGUCGAUUUUCUUUCAUUUUUGUCAUUCACUGUUCACAAACUUCAAAAUGAGAUCUAUGACGUUCUGGACGAACUGAUUUCUCCAUUAAGCACCCAUAUUUUCGAACUUCUUGCCAAGCCUGUCGAGGGUACUGAUGACAGACUACAACACAAUGAUACCAAAAAGGCAUAUCUGGAUUUUGUGACCCACAUCAUGAACGACAAGAUGCAUACAGUGUUUAUCUCUGAACGAAACAAAGAACAACUUCCUACUAUCGUACAAAAUAUCGCGUCGAUCGCGGAAGACCUAACUGAUCCUGGAAGUUCGAGACUUGCAUUGACGUUUUUGGCAAAAUCCACAGUAGCAUUUGCCCAAGCUCCCAGUGCACCAGGGGCCAGCGCACCUUCAGUUAAACUGGACGCUGUUCCUGGAUAUCAAACAUUUGUUUAUGAGCGCCUUGUUCCGAUUGCAUUUGGAAUCCCCGCCUCUCCUUCUUUCAACAUCAAGGACGGGCAAUCUUUAUCUGCGACCAUGGAGAUUGGUGUACUCCUUAAGCAAAUUUAUCAAGCGCGUGGACAAGAAGCGAUUCAGUACUUGGUAGAGGUUUACCUUCCGUCCAAAAAUUGGCCACCAAACCUUGCUGCUGAGUUUGUCACCAAACUUGCAGAACUUGAUCUGAAACAAUUCAGAAAGUAUUUUGCAGAUUUUGUGAGGAGUUCGGGUGCUUCAUAA